UACCGGGAGCCCGGGUGAUCGCCCCGAUACCGGGAACGUGUCGGAGCUGAACGGGACCGGGCAGUGGGGCGGAGAGCCGCCUUUCCUGACCGAUGCUUGGCUGGUGCCGCUUUUCUUCGCUGUCUUCAUGUUGCUGGGAGUAGGCGGCAACUUGCUGGUCAUUUACGUGAUCGGUAAACACCGGCAGAUGAGGACCGCCACCAACUUCUACAUCGCUAACCUGGCUGCCACAGACAUAAUAUUCCUGGUAUGCUGUGUUCCAUUUACUGCCACUUUAUACCCGCUACCUGACUGGAUCUUUGGAGACUUCAUGUGCAAAUUUGUCAACUACUUACAACAGGUUACUGUCCAGGCAACCUGCAUUACUUUGACUGCAAUGAGUGCUGAUCGCUGCUAUGCAACACUUUAUGCGCUUAAAUCGUUGCGUCAUCGCACACCUAAGGUCGCCAUGGUGGUCAGCAUGUGCAUUUGGAUAGGUUCCUUGAUUCUCUCUUUGCCAAUUAUCAUGUACCAGAAGAUUGAAAAAGGUUACUGGUAUGGACCAAGAACAUAUUGUGCUGAGGCAUUUCCAUCAGAUUUCCAUCAGAAAGGCUUCAUACUGUACCACUUCCUUGCUGUCUAUCUUCUGCCUUUGCUCACCAUCUCUUUGUGCUACUCCUUGAUGUUAAAGAGAGUUGGACAACCUGUUGUUGAACCCAUUGACAACAACUAUCAGGUUCAACAUUUGUCUGAAAGAACAGUAGCAAUGAGAAGCAAGAUUUCUAAAAUGGUGGUGGUAAUUGUGCUCCUGUUUACAAUCUGUUGGGGACCCAUCCAGCUCUUCAUCCUGUUCCAGGCAUUUUAUCCAAAUUUCCAGGCCAACUACGUGACCUACAAGAUCAAGACUUGGGCUAACUGCAUGUCAUAUGCCAACUCCUGCAUCAAUCCCAUUGUUUAUGGUUUUAUGGGAGCAAGCUUUAGGAAGUCCUUUAAGAAAGCCUUCCCAUUCAUGUUUAGCCGGAAAGUAAGGGACACCAACAUGACUUCUGGAAGUGGCAAUGCAGAAGUGUAG